GAACCGCCCUGUGAGUACCUAUUUCGAUUCGUGUUGUUACUGUUGCAUACCGCUGCUUUUGGUAUCGGAGCGCCGCUUAUCAUUCCGCUAUCGAUUUGCUGCUGCUUUUCUGUCGUUGAAACGCGCACGUUCAACAUGCAGUCAAACAUGCAAAGGAUGGAGCCGGAGACGCUGCAGAGCUUUGUGCGGCGCUCUUGCAUUUCUACGUUCCUGUUCUGCAUCAUCUACUCCACUGGGAUGAUCCAGGAAUGCAUCUCGGCGAAGCACACCAACAACCUUUUUCUUUACCCCUCGCUGUUCUGCAUUGCCGCCUUCUUCACGAUGUGGGGUGUCACGGCCUACUUUAUGAUCCCGAAGGAUCCGAUGUGGUACCGCCAUCACGAGGGGUACAUCCUAGUCGCCUCAAUCCUGAUCUGCUUUGGACCCUGUAUGCUCAUCGUAGCUAUCUAUCCGAUCUACCACAUGUGGAGCUGUGCAAUCGUGUUUAUAUGGGUCUGCCUCAUUGGGAACGUGAACGGCGCCCUCACCUACCUUCAGGACAGCAUCCGAAAGAAGAAGCUUGUGUAG